AUGGCCGCACAUGGUUUAACAAAAAUCUUAGUAGUCGUCUUUGCAAUACUCAGCAUUGUCUUCCUCAGCCAAGUUAAUGCUCAGAGCCCUCCCCGUCGUGGCCCUCCUCCAUCUCGUCUCCGCCCGCCUCCACCCCCUCGCGGUUCUCCUACACGCCCUCGUCGCCCGCCCCCACCACCACCACCAAGGGCAUGUCCACCUUGUAUUUGCUCACUACCACCCCCUCCACUAAACACCCCACCGCCAAUUUCACCACCAGACACAUCACCAUCCAAGACUCCACCCAAAAACUCACCACCCGAGAUUUCACCACCCAAGACUCCACCAUCCGAUAAUUCUCCACCUGAUAUUUCACCACCUGAGACUCCACCACCAGAAAUCAUAGUAGCUCCUGAGAUUUCACCAUCUGAGACACCACCACCUAAUAAUCCACCACCCGAGACUCCACCGUCCGAGAAUUCUCCACCUGAGAUUUCACCAUCAGAGUCUCCACCACCUGAGAUUUCACCAUCAGAGACUCCACAACCAGAAAUUAUAGUAACCCCGGAGAGUUCUCCAUCUGAGACACCACCACUCGAUAGCCCACCACCCGAGACUCCACCACCAGAAAUUAUAGUAGCUCCUGAGAUUUCACCAUCUGAGACACCACCACCUAAUAACCCGCCACCCGAUAUCUCACCACCAGAUACUCCACCAUCCGAGAAUUCACCACCAGAGAUUUCACCAUCUGAGACUCCACAACCUGAGAUUUCACCAUCAGAGACUCCACCACCAGAGAUUAUAGUAACUCCGGAAAGUUCACCAUCUGAGACACCACCCGAGACUCCACCAUCUGAAAAUUCUCCACCUGAGAUUUCACCAUCAGAGAUUCUCCACCUGAGAUUUCACCAUCAGAGAUUCCACCACCUGAUAUUUCACCAUCAGAGACUCCACCACCAGAGAUUUCACCAUCAGAGACUCCACCACCAGAGAUUAUAGUAACCCCUGAGAGUUCACCAUCUGAGACACCACCUGAUAACCCACCAAAACCUUCACCACUUGAGACUCCACCACCCCAAAUCCCACCACUAGAAGCUCCACCCCCAGAGAUUUCGCCGUCUGAAACCCCACAACCAGAGAUCUUACCAACGCUUCCACCAAGCACACCCCAGCAAACUCCUCCAACCACACCACCGGAAACUCCUCCAGGCACACCAGCACAGGCUCCACCAACUCUUCCACCAACUCUUCCGACAAACACACCACCAAUAACUCCUCCAACUACACCACCACCACCUUCACCAACAUCUCCACCAAACAACUUAACACCACCUCCUCCUUUGAGCUCUCCACCACCACCGCCCCGACCUCAAACUCCAUCACCAUCUCCCCCACGUGGUACAUGCCCAAGGAAUGCGAACCAAAUAAGGGCGUGUUCCAAUAUCCUAAGAUUUUUUGGUAACUUCCUAGAUUUUCGGUUGGCGAAACCAUGUUGUACCCUCAUUCGCGAUCUAUCUGAUGCUCAAGCAGCUGCUUGUCUGUGUGAUUUGGUGAGAGCACGACGUUCCACUCUUUCUCCCAAUAUCAUUAUCCUCUGUAAGGCUUGUGGUCGCAGAAUUCCGAGGGGCUUUACUUGCCCAUAACUAUUUCCUUGUUUCCCAUCCCUUGUUAUUACCUAAAAUUACUAAAACAAACUUAACACUUAAACCACAACUAAAGUCUUGUGACUUUUACUUUCUGCCAAUAAUAAUGUAAUAAAACAUCAAUAAAUUUUGUGUUUCUUUUA